AUGAGCGUGCUGCUCGACAUCCUCAUAUACCCAUUCUUGAAAUUACGGAGCACCGACGACAAUGAUCUCGACGCACCACCUGGAUUCGGCUUUGUUGUGCCGCUGAGCUUAUUCUGGGGCUUUGGUAUAUACCAAGUCAUCAGACGGUAUCAUAAAAUCCACAAUAGUCCAAAACCAUUUGAAUGGCAUAAACCAUUGGAAGCGGAACCUGCUUGGGAAUCAAUUCCAAUUAAAGAUGCUAACAUAACAUCCCAUUUGGAAAAAGAGGAAAUCAUGCCCACAUUUGCGGCUCGCGACAGGAAAUACAUCACGAGCUUUGACCCAGCGACGUCGUUUCACAUUGCUACCGUUAUUGCGGACAAUGCGCAAGAAAUUGGGAUGAAAAUUAGAAGGGCUUCGGAGGCGCAGGCAUCGUGGAAGGACACCACGUUUACCCAACGAAGACGAUUUAUGCGUAGUCUUCUGAAGUGGCUUGUAGACAACCAAGAGGCGUGUGCUCAAGUUGCAUGUCGUGACACUGGAAAGACAUUAAUCGACGCGGCCUUGGGCGAAAUCUUGACGACAUGCUCAAAACUGGAAUGGCUGAUUGCUCACGGAGAGAAAGCUUUGCGUCCCGAAUCUCGGUCAUCGAAUCUUAUUCUGUCAUACAAGAAAUCAGAGGUCCAUUACGAACCUCUUGGUGUCGUUGCAGGGAUUGUCUCGUGGAAUUAUCCCCUUCACAACUCGUGGUCACCUAUCAUCGCAGCUCUGUUCGCAGGCAACGGAAUCGUACUCAAGUGCUCAGAGAAAGUUGUGUGGUCUACUGGCUGGUUCGUGGGUGCCAUCACUGAAUGUUUACGGGCAUGUGGUCAUGACCCGGAGUUACUCGUCUGUUGCUACCCAGAGGAAGCCGAGGCACUGACUAAGUCCCCUGAGAUUAAGCACAUCACGUUCAUCGGUUCUGAUACGGUCGGGAAAAAGGUCGCUAUUGCUGCUGCGGAGAACCUUACCCCAGUAACAUUGGAACUUGGCGGCAAGGACCCAGCCAUUAUACUCCCAGACACCGACUUGAAGAAAUGGUUGAGCCUAUGGAUGCGCGGAAUUUACCAAAACGCUGGGCAAAACUGCAUUGGAAUAGAGCGACUGAUCGUUCAUUCGAGCCAGUACGACGAUCUGAGGGAACUCUUAUCCGAGCGUGUCUCGAAAUUGCGUCUCGGUUCGGUCCUUACACCCACACAAGAGGGAUACGUGUACACCGUCGACUGUGGUGCCAUGAUUGAUGGGGACCGCUUUUACUCGCUCGAACGUCUUAUCACAUCAGCAGAGGAGAACGGUGCCUAUGUCGAGGGAGGGAAGAAGUUCGAGCACGUCUAUCUCAACCAAGGAACCUAUUUCUCCCCUACUAUUGUCGGACCAGUUUCUCCGGAAGAGGAAAUUGCUCAUACGGAACUGUUCGCUCCCAUUGCCCUUCUGAUGAUUUACGAGGAUGUUGAGGAAGCCAUUGACAUUGCCAACGGUACCAAGUAUGGUUUGGGCGCAAGCGUGUUUGGUCCCGACCAGAGGCAAUGCCUUCAAGUUGCGAAGGAGCUUCAAUGCGGCAUGGUGUCUAUCAACGACUUUGGUGUAUUCUAUGUGAAUUUACCUUUCGGCGGCACGAAGGCUAGUGGCUAUGGACGGUUCGGUGGUCCCGAGGGUCUCCGCGCUCUAACAAAUCCCAAGGCUAUAAUGGUGGAUCGUUGGCCAUCAUUCAUACAGACGAGCAUACCCAAGGUCCUUGAUUAUCCCUUGCGGUCAUUAUCCUCAAGCUGGGACUUCACAUCCGGCCUCGUACGCUUCGUAUACGCUGAUAGUUGGCGCACCAGAGUGCAAGGACUUAUUACACUAUGGAGGGCCGCAAGGAAAUGA